UUCAGUUCGUGUAAAGCACAUGCGUUUAGCUCUUAGAUACAUAUUCUGGUCUCAAAGUGAAUAUUCGACAAAAAUUUGUUUUCUCUUUCAAAUAACAAUUAUAUUCAUCGAACCAGCAACAUUGCGUACAAAUUGUCCAAACGAUUCAAUUGUCGACAAUAUAAAUGAAAACUUCCCAGUUGGUUACAAUAUGUCAGCUGCAGCUGAUUCAUGUGUUCCUACAAAUCGAGGGUCAGAUACAAGUCUCUGCAUGCGGACAACUUUAUGCAACGAAUUUGGCUAUACGAGUGACAAACGGAUUUAGUCCAAACCAUCAUUGGCCGUGGCAUGCUGCCAUAUAUCAUCAAAUCGGCCAAUCUGCUCCCACUUAUAAGUGUGGAGGAACUCUGAUCAGUACAAAGUCAGUUCUGACUGCUGCUCAUUGUGUAUCGGUCAACAAUGCUCAGAUGGAUGUUGAGACAGUUACCGUUUGGUUGGGACGUCUUAAUCUAGCUAUUAAAGAGGACAGUGGUCAGUGGUUCGGGGUGUCCGAAAUCUUAGUUCAUCCCGACUAUAACUCAAUUGACUAUGUCAACGACAUCUCUAUUAUUACACUGUCGACUGACGCUACUUUCAAUGAUUAUGUUCAACCGAUUUGUUUAUGGAAGUCAGACAAAACCGACCUAUCGGAAGUUGUGGGCAAGAUGGGAACGGUAAUCGGCUGGGGACUUACACAAAAUGGAGCAUUGUCCACUACACUGCAAGAAGCUAAUUAUCCGGUGGUAGAUUUGCUCACGUGCAUUAAGAGCAACCCUUUAUUCUUUGGAAGCAUUUUAACAGAGAAAAGUUUCUGCGCCGGCAACCGAAACGGUUCGAUCAAACUGUAA